AGUGUGUAUCCAAGCUCUGGCCCCACAUCAAGCACUCCUGCCUUCAGGCCUGAGGAUGAGCUGGAACAUCUGACCAAGAAAAUGCUGUAUGACAUGGAGAAUCCUCCCUCUGAUGACUACUUUGGGCGCUGUGCCCGCUGUGGGGAGAAUGUUGUUGGGGAAGGCACCGGCUGCACGGCCAUGGACCAGGUCUUCCACGUGGAGUGCUUCACCUGCAUGAUGUGCAACAACAAGCUGAGGGGCCAGCCUUUCUACGCGGUGGAGAAGAAAGCCUACUGUGAACCCUGCUAUAUUAACACGUUGGAGCAAUGCAGCGUCUGCGCAAAACCCAUCAUGGAAAGGAUCCUCCGAGCCACCGGGAAGGCUUACCAUCCGCACUGCUUCACCUGCGUGAUGUGCCAUCGCAGCCUGGAUGGGAUCCCCUUCACUGUGGAUGCUGGUGGGAACAUCCACUGCAUCGAGGAUUUCCAUAAGAAGUUUGCUCCGAGAUGUUCGGUGUGUAAGGAGCCCAUCAUGCCAGCCCCAGGACAAGAGGAGACCGUACGCAUUGUCGCCUUGGAUCGUGACUUCCAUGUCCAGUGCUACCGGUGUGAGGACUGUGGCGGCCUCCUGUCUGAAGGGGACAAUCAGGGCUGUUACCCUCUGGACGGGCACAUCCUUUGCAAGACCUGCAACUCUGCUCGGAUCCAGGCUCUGACUGCCAAGGCCAGCACUGAUCUCUGA